AUGGAAAACCAAAACUUGGUGCUGAUGAAGCUCUCGAAACUUUUCCCAUCUUCCUUACUCUCUUGCAAGUCCCAAACAGUAGCAGAUAUUGUCGCAGAUAACUCCAUUCCCAUCCCCAAACCCAAGAAAAUUCCCGACCCCAAUUCAGACUUGGAAGGACGAAAAUGCCCUCCGGUGACCCCAGCCUCCACAAAUGUCCCCAAAAACCAGAGCUCGUCUUCCAACAGCGGCCGGUGGUUCACGAGCAGCGACGAGAUGAGAACACGCACUGCCGACAGCGACCCAUUUUACAACUCCGGCGACUCCGUCUUGCGGCGGCGCCGCCACGCCGCCGCCAGGAAGUGCGACGAGAUGAAGAGCAUAGACGAGAACGGGAGAUGCUCCUUCUCGUCCCUUGAGGAGGCGGCGGCAGGGUCGGAUCUGGCGGCGACCCGCCUCUACUAUGAGAGCGGCGGCCGGCGCCGGAGGAAUCGCCGGAGGACUCACCGGNUGCUUUUUGUGGGAUUCUGUACAUGGAUGAGGAUCCUUUUAGAGAAAUUUCUUCCCGCUAUAGGGAUUCCUUCAUAUUGUCCCUCUAUCGGUUGUUAG